UUUCGUUCAUAAGAGUUACUCUUGUUGCUUUCAGAUCAUUUAAAAGCUCACUCGCUAUUUACCACAUCAAUCGCUCAAGCAAAAUACAACCUAAUUCAACAACACACCUCAAAACCAAAAUGAAGGCUACCCUCUUCCUCGCUGCUGCCGGCCUCGCUGUCGCUCAGGACCUCAGUGGUCAACCCGAGUGUGCUCUCAAAUGUCUUAAGGAAUUCAUCCCCAAGGCUGGCUGCGAGCUCGACAACACCGCAUGCCAAUGCGAGGCCUCGUUCCAAACAAAGCUCGCUCCCAUCAUCACUCCCUGCUUGACCGAAGCUUGCCAGGUUGAUGACCUACUCAAGGCCCAGAAGGCUGCCGCCGACGCCUGCAAGGCCUAUGCUGCCACCGCUGGCUCCGGCUCCGCCACUGCCGCUCCCACCGAGAGUCUCGGCUCUGUUACCGUCAGCAUCGACACCUCUAUCACUGGCUCCGCUAGCGUUCCCGCCAUCUUCUCAAGCAUCCCUGAUGAGAAGCCCAUCCCUCCUGUUACUCCCCGUCCCGGCAACGGAACCAUGACCAAGACCAUGACUGAGGGAGGUGGAUCCGGAGGAGGCGCUGUCACACCCACGGGAACCUCUGGCGGCGGCGGCGGCAGCGGCACCACUGGCGGUGCUAGCAGUGUCCCUACCGACGCUGGUGCUGGUACUGCUGGCCCUGCUGCCAUGGGUCUCCUCGCCAUUAUUGCUGCUGCUAUCGCUCUGUAAGAGCUCAUAUAUCGGAAGUUUGUACAUAAUGCAACACAACCAUGGAACAAUUUGGGAAAGCCACGAACCUGGAGUUAUUGCUAAGGAAUUCAUGACAUGAUGUCUAUUGAAGGUUUAAGUCUUUUUUUUUUUUUUUUUUUUUGGAAACACAACAGGUUGCCAUUCACAGCAAUGGAAUACUAGUAAUAGAUAUAUAGCAUCUAAUAAUAAAUAAGUAUAACAAGCCCGCGUCUCUAUUCUUCUCCUGUGAACAAUGCCCCAAACACUAGGUAUUGCUGCUGAGUCUUUCCAGUCAUGCCCGGCCUCAGUGUCUGGCCUUCAAGUCAACGUCGAUAAUCCACGGCAAUUGCACUGGUCGAUAUCUGAUACUCAUGAUGGCCGCAUUCACAAACAACGUCUGCUUGCCUGCAAUCGACCGAUUGAUGCCCUGGGUUAGGUCCAGCCGGACAGCUCUUUGCUUGCUCAUUUCAAUGAGUUUCUCCCUCGUCAUUCUGGCCGUUUCUUUGCCCUGUGUUACUCGGUUUGGUCGUAGCCCUUUAAGCCCGCGAUAUUGUGACCGGGCUAGGUCAAUUUCAUCUCCAUCCCAGGUUACAUGGUGCAUUCCCCAUGCCUCGUGGAUAUGACCAAAGCAAUGAAUCUUGGGUUUCGCACGGGCGACGGCUGCAAGGAGCUGCGGACAUCCAGCGUGGGUACCGGCCCUACCGGCAAAGUCGAGGAUACCUCGAGGAGGGCCAUGAGUUACAGCCACGUCCAUCCCCGGGGGAAUAUUAAAGUCAUGGCCGUUCUUAUACUGGAAAGCCCAGCCACCGUAUGCAGGAGUCCAGGGACUUGCAUACACCUUUAGUAGUGCGCCGUUUGCCAAGGUAAACUCGUGAACACCCUCUGGCAAAUACUUAACACCAUCCGUUUCAGCUUCUCGAACGAUUUUCUUGACCUUAUCAAUGGUUUCCUUUGAUCCACCAUACUUGUUGACCCAAUGUUCUUCAUCAAGCGCAGUAUCGUGGUUACCUGCAAUAGCCAGCUUCAGUGGUGCUUUGAUAGAUCGCAGAACAGAAAAGGUCUGUUCGAACUCGGGGAUAGUCGUGCGUUUUGUGAGAUCUCCGCAGUGAAUGACA